UACCCUCAGGUAUGUCAGAAGGUACCGGUAUUGAUACCCCCUACGGAGAGCCAAGGAAUUUCUCCCGUUGAUCUGAGUAGAGCGUUAAACUCUGUCACGUGUUCACUGAGUGUGAAACGUGAGGAUCCUGUAGCAAUUUUUCAUCUCAUUAUGGAGGCUCGUCAUUACAUGAAGAAUCUAUGGAAUUGUAUACAAUUUUGGCUGUGCUGUGUAGUUACGCUCUCAUUUGUGCAAAUGCUGUCGGCGUUUCUACUGCUGCCACCGCUGUUCUCCAUCGAUCAAAUACUCUGGCUGUGCUGCUUGAUAAUUCCCGUACUGUCGACAUCCAUGAUCACCACGCCGAUAGAUUCGACGAUAAUGCAACGCGCGACUGGGAAAAAUCAAUGCGUGGUCAAUGGAGAG